AUGGUUCACGAAGCGGUGCUCCAGCAUGGCAUUGAGAUCGCACACUCUCCGAUGGUGAUGGAAGCAGUAUCUUUCCUCAAGGUUGGCCCUGCUUUGCAGGCCCUUAGCGAUGCGGGCCACAGCAUGGCGCACUGGGUCGGCGACCACUUGCCGACUGUAGGUCAUCAUGAUCCCGCUUCAGACGCUGCCCCCCGGCUAGCCGUGCCGCAAAAAGAGCAGGCAGAGGAAGCGAUGGGCGCGGCGGCCGCGCCGGCCGCUGUGGUUCCCGAGGAGCACUGGGGCGGAGGCCGCAUGAUCGAGUUCUUCGCUCAGAGCUGUCCUCACUGUCAACACCUGGAGCCCAUCUGGAGCGAAGCAAGCCAGAAGUGGCUCACGGAGCAUCCUGGAAAGGAAGCCGACACAGUGCAUUGGGAGCAGAAAGAGUGCUACGGCGAAGGCUGGGGGGAGGGCCGCGACCACGACGAGUGCAUGCAGGAAGGCGUUCACAGCUUUCCGACGGUGCGAUUCUACAGCAAGUCCGGAAAGAAGUUCGCCGACUUCACGGACGAGCGCACACCUGCGAAUCUCCUCGGGUUCGCUGAGCAGCACGCCACCCCGCACGAAAGACCGGCGCCCCUCGAGGAGACACGGAUGGAGCAGCCGGCGAUUGCGGCCCUUACUCCAGCAGCCCCGGCGGGAGCUGUGGGCACAGCACCGGUGAAGGUCAUCGAAUACGUGGCGAAGAGCUGCCCCCACUGCCAGUCGAUGGAGCCUCUUUGGAAGGACGCCCAGUCGCAGUGGGCAGCGAAGGCCACGAACCCCAAAGUCCAGUGGGAGCAAAAGGAGUGCUUCGCCCAGGGUUGGGUUCCAGGCAAGGACCUCGAGGAGUGCAAGAGGAGCAACAUCGAAGGCUUCCCCACGCUGAAAAUCUUCGGAGGAACUUCCCCAGCUGCGGGGGAGGAGUUCAGCGGUCCGAGGUCCGUUCCCAAUAUCCUCUCCUGGGUUCAGCAGCACACUGGGCAGGCGGCUGCAGACAGCGUGAGCGCAGUGCAGGCCGCCGCCGUCCAGGCCAGUGCCGGGCCGCUAUUUGCCGCCGCGCUGUGUGCGCCGGUGCUGACUGCAGCCCUUCGCAGAGAGGGCAAGGCGCAGUUCCUGUGA